CGCCCAGUUUUCCGAUGUUCAUUGCCCGAGUUGAAAAUGGAGUUCGAUUAAAGCAGAUGUCCAACAACUUCUUCGGGAAAAUGUAACUCACUGUCUUUACCUUUUGUAUUUCAAUUUCAUAAUUGAAAUUCUUUUGUACCUUUUUCCAGUUGUGGAGGCUAUAAUUCAACGUACACUGACACAUUGACGGACCAACCAGCGCUUUUCAAGUGUUGUCCUGGACCUGAAGUUGGAGAGGGGAAUGCUCGAUAGUUAGCCACUAAUAACGUGCCAAAUGUCUGGUUUAUUGUGUACACUUUUUAUCAUCUGAACGCAUUGGAUUUCGUGUUGCCGAAGAGGAUGACGAAGAUGUGCAUUUUGUUGUGGUUGGAUUUUACUUCCAGGGAAGAUAAAAUUAAUAAUCGGUUGUCAUUCCUCCUCGCAAUUGAGUUACACAAUUAGCUAGGCUACUUGGUUUUCCGAAGAGAGCUCAUUUAUGCAUGCACCAUUGUAAGACCAUUAACUUUUAUCCAAUAUCUAGGGGUUUUAUGUGAAGGAAAAUGUUGAUAUUUGCGGUUUAUUUCCCCGCCGUCACUGCGUCCUCGAUGCUAUUGCCAGGAUUUGGAUCCCCGUGAGAAAAAAUGAGCGAAGAUUCGACAAAUCCAAAGGAUGACUGCAGCAGCACAACACAUAAGAUGGCCAACAUAUGAUCCAAUGUAUCUGGCAAUUGAAGAUCAAGGAAGAUGGUGGGAAAAGAACAUGACAGUUAUGCGCGUGUGAGAGCAGUGGUCAUGACUCGGGAUGACUCCAGCGGUGGGUGGCUGCCUCUGGGAGCCGGGGGCCUCAGCUGCGUCACCGUCUACAAAGUCAGCCGGACACCGGACAGCAACAGCAACAGCAGCACCACAGACCCAAACACCACCACCACCACAGCAGACUUCCUCAUCAAGGGGGAGCGGCUCAAAGACAAAUCGGUUGUUCUGGAGUGUAUUCUAAAGAAGGACCUGGUCUACAACAAGGUCAACCCCAUAUUCCACCAUUGGAGGAUCAACGACAAGAAGUUUGGCCUGACAUUCCAGAGUCCUGCCGACGCCAGGGCCUUCGAUAGAGGGAUCCGCAGGGCCAUCGAGGACAUCAACCAAGGCUGUCCUGUGUUUGACGACUCAGACUCUCUUGAAGAUGGAUUACAGACCCUGUGUGAGGAGCCGCCCUCCAUCUGUACGCCCAUGAAGGAGCCCUUUUCCCCCCUGAGUGUCCACAGUGUGGUGUCCACUGAACCCUGCCGGGGCUGCUACGUCCGCGCUCAGCCCUUUGACGAGUUUCCCUCCAGCAACCGCCGCUACCUGCCUCCUCAGGUCUCCUUCAAGUCUACGCGCCACGUGAGCUUUCACAUGGACGAGGAGGAGAUUGUAAGGAUCAACCCCCGUAAGGACGUUCUGAUCCGCGGUUACGAGGACUACCGCCACCCCGUCAUGUGGAAGCAGGAGGCAGAGCGAGAGGACCCUGACUUCCCUGCCCUCUUCCACAAACUGGACAGCAAGAAGUGUGAGUACCUCUUCCCCGAGGGGCCGGGAAUGGAGUCCCACUCGGCCCCUGGAAGUAUGGGCAUGGGCACAGGACUGGGGCUAGGGCUGGGUAAAGACUCAUCCAUCAAGACGCAGCCCUCGCCGCUGCUCAAGUCCAAAAAAGGGCGGCGGAGGCGGGAGGACGGUGAGCGUUCGCGCUGUAUCUACUGCCGAGAAAUGUUCAACCAUGAGGACAACCAGCGGGGCCAGUGCCAGGACGCUCCAGACCCCAUCAAGCAGUGCAUCUAUAAAGUCAGCUGCAUGCUUUGUGCCGAGAGCAUGCUGUACCACUGCAUGUCUGACUCGGAGGGAGACUUCUCGGACCCCUGCUCGUGUGACGCGGCUGACGAGCAGUUCUGCCUGCGCUGGCUGGCCCUGACGGCACUGUCCUUCAUCGCUCCCUGUAUGUGCUGCUACCUGCCACUGAGAGCCUGCCACCACUGUGGGGAGGCCUGCAGAUGCUGCGGGGGCAAGCACAAGGCCGCCGGGUGACCUGAAUGAACUCUGACCCCUCACCCGGGAUGACCUACCCACAACACAGCUAGCUGACACAGGAAAGCGGAAAAAAGCUGGGUAUUAAAAUACCGGCAACCUUGUUUUUCAUUCACCUCAGAGGGGGUGACGUUGUUGUAGACGCCUAGCUCUGGAGGUCUUUUGGAGAUGUUUGUGUCUUCCGGCGCAGAGAGCAGCGGAAGACGAACCUCGUGCUUUACGGGCUCUGAGCGUGAAGUUAAGUUCGGGAGCUGAACGCGAGGAGAAGGCGUUGAGAUUAACAGACGUGGAGAUAUUACUAAACACACACUCUUACUCACACUCGUACAUAAUAAACACAACAACCAGGCCACCAUGUCACUCUCCCUACAAGUAAUGUGUAACUUUAUGAAGGAAUAUUGUAUUUUGUACAGAGAGCAAAAACUACACAACAACAGCAAAAAACAAAACAAAACAAUUGUGCAUACAGAAAACAUACUUAGUGUUUGAGUAUGCUAAAAGGGAUAUGUUCUUGUGAAUUUGCAGUUGGGUAACAGUGGCCGUUCCUUUAUGACUCGAGCAUUAAAGUGCACUAUAAAUGUUUUACCCCCCCUUCACACAAUUCUAAUGGUACAUUAACCUUAAGACCAUUCUUAUUGAGUAAAUUAACAGUUCAAAGAUGUUGCUGUGGUGGAUGUGUACGUGUUUCCUUAUUUUUCCUAUUCAUCAAAUGUUGAACAAAAAAAGAACGUAACACCUUUUUAUAUUUUCGUGGUACAGUCUGACAUAGCUAGAUGUUAGAGUGAUUUGGACCACUUAAUUGCAUUCCAACAUAAAGGGAUCGAUUCCAUGAGCAGAAGCGAAAAUAUGGUAAUGUGUUUUGCAAUCCUCCAUCUUCCGAACAAGUCAAGAAUUAAUGUUAGCACUUCUUGACUCACCUUCCUUGAGACCAAAAUGUCACAAUUCCAGGUACUUUACCAGAUUUUCUAUUUUGAGUCCAUCACAUCUUUGCUUCAUGGUAAAACUGUUGUUUUUUAUUUAAAGCUGAAGUUUUGCUCAACCAGCAAGUUUUUCAGUUUAAUGUUGGUGAGUAAGGGGUCUUGAGUGCCCCUUUGUUGAACAAGGCACUUAAAUCAGGCUAGUUUGGGGAAAACACUUUAUUUUUUAUUUUUUUUAUUAGUCAUCAACUAGAAAUUACCAACUAAAACUCAAAUUUAGUGUGCGAAAAGCCCACCUUGAAAGCACUGGUCUCCAAGCUUUGGUUACAGCACCAUCUUCAUAUUUCAAACGUACUGGAUGUCUGUCCCCUUGUGAUUGAAGCAUUUGUAAGGAGUCAAAUGUACUGCUGUUAUUAGGUCAUUUUGCAGUUUGUCCACGGUAACUCCUAGAAUACAUAGUUUAACAUUUGCCCAGUCAUGAAUGAACAGGUGCCUCAUUUUUAAAUGUCACAAAGUGCAUUUGCCUAUAGGUAAUUAUAGCAUAUGGGUAUGAUUGUUUGUUACACACUGUAUGUGCAUAGGUCUUCAUAUGCAGUGGCAGUGAGAUGUCAAGCACAGUGAUCAUAGAAACUGAUAUGUGUUUACUCGUUGUAACAAACCUGACUUUGUUGAAGGCUGAUGGGUAGAUACAGUAUGAAGGUCCUUGUUGAAAUCCAUAUUUCACUCAGAGGAACAUAGCCACGAUAACAAACAAUAACUGUAGACAUACCCCCGGUUGUAUUAAUUCGAUACUGCAUCUUUAAAAGACAGUAUGCUAAUUCCACACAUCAGAAUGAACUGUUUUGAUAAAUCUUUCUGCCUGUGUACCUGAAUAGUUUUUGAGAACAAAGAAAUUAGUUUAUUUGAUCAUUUAGACCAGGGGUGUCAAACUCAUUCCACAGAGGGCCGAGUGUCUGCGGGUUUUUGUGUUUUCCUUUCAAUUAAGACCUAGACAACCAGGUGAGGGGAGUUCCUUACUAAUUAGUGACCUUAAUUCAUCAAUCAAGUACAAAGGUGGAGCAAAAACCCUUAGACACUCCGUGGAAUGAGUUUGACACGUGAUUUAGACAAAAUCGUUAUCAAAAGGUUUGAAAAUUGCCCUCCCCUAUUUAAAAAGCUUGUCAUUACAGCCCUGUACUGUAGCCAAUAGAUAUGCACACCAUCCCCCGGCCCGCCACUUCUUGAGAAAAGGAAGUGGCAACCCUGUCUCGUCUCCAGACUGGAUGGGGGCAGUCAACUUCUUCCAUAUCCCUCCCUUAUGCCCCAUGCGAGGCACCAACCAACACUCUUUACUUUCUAUGCAAACUAUUGACCAUGGGAAACACAUAGACCUCUCUCCACACUGAGUCCGUGACGGGACACUUUAAUAACGCUAUUUACACGUUACCCAGGUACCAAACUCCAAACACCUGUAAAUAAGUAACACUAUAUUUAAAUACCUGAUAAUAAUCCCAUUUUGUUUUUUGGAAAUGAAAAGAUAUAGCUGUAUUUAUCACUGCUGUCAGCAUAUACUGUAGCUUCAAUUGACAGCAUUAUGUACAUAGGUCACCUUUUAGUAUUAUUUCACAUUGAAAGUAGAGGGCGUUCAUGAUGGAAAUGACUAUUGAGCUUUUAAUGGAGUUUCUUUCUAGUUUUCUACGAAGGGAGGAAGGCUAGAGUGCUAACAUGGUACAGUAGUGGCAGUCCACUUAUUUAAAAAAAAGUUAUAUCUAUAUAUAUAUAAAGCUGCUAGAUACAAUCACUAAUUUUUUAUUGAGUUGAGUGAAAAGUCAGCUACGAAAGACUGUUUAAACAAUACCUAGUUCCUAUGAUAGCAUAUAACCGUGUGUGUGCGUGCGCAUUUGGUUGGUUUAUCAAUGUUUUUGUUCUCCCAUAUUGUAAUUUGGAUUGCCCUGCAUAUUGCAAGCUGAACCCAAGAUUUGAUGAACCUGAUUAAAAACUUGCUGGCUGAGAAGCAAAGUGUUGGACGUACAUUCAUACAAGUUUAUCUGAGAGAUACUGAAAUCAUCCGUUUCAUUCUGCAUUAACCAGCAUAGUGUAACUCGCUAUCAUGUACUGUAUUAUAUAUGCAACAUGUCUGUCUGCUUUAAUAUAUUUAUGUUUUACCUGUUAACUUUGCAUAAGACUUCAGUUUUUAACCACUUUGCUGCUAGUCUUUUAUACUUAUUUCAAUCUUGGAAAGUGUGCAUAUCUUUGGAUUGCUUAAAAAUGUACAUUCUUGACUUUGUGUGCGUUAAAAUAGAAAUGCCUAUAUAAACGUAUUUCUUCAGUGUAUUGUUUAAAAAGGUUUAUUUUCACAGCAGUUGAGUGGUUACUUUUCAAUUAUCCAACGCUUUGGUGCACUGAUGAUGUAUGUAUGCUUUUUUCUUAUUACAACGCUUGAUGAUGUAACGUGAUUAGUUCUAAAUAGUGGAAAACAUUUGUGUUUUGAAAAUUGCAGUAUAAAUGGUACUCUAAUUCUUCUGUAAACACUGCCUGUUUACUUUCUUUCUCAUGCAUCUUUUCUUUCAGUUUCUUAGUGCCCUUGGCUUCACAUCCUGACAACCUUGAAAAAGUGCCUCACGUCCAUCAUAGUUUCCAUCUAAAACUUAACAGCUCUUGUUCUGGUUAUAUUGGUUUAUAUAUGUCUAGGUAUUUCUAUCAUGGUUUGAAAAUUCCAAGUAUAUGAUGUAAAAUGUAUAGUUCAAUAACUCAUGUCAUAGUUGUACUUUCUUUAUACAGAUGUAACUUGUUACUUUUCAUAAAUAUAUAAUGUAAAUAUGCAUACAUAUGUUUAACUGUUUUUAUGUUACAUCAUACACUUGUAAUUUGUCAUAUCAAAUAACAUUAUCAUAAUAAAAUGGUGAGUUUUAA